AUGAGUCAGUCGGAUCUAACCUCAAAUCACUCCGAUCCUGAGAUGGAUUUUACACUUACUCCGUGUGCAGCCUGCAACAAGACGUCAUCGGAGAAUGAAGGGAUGGUCGGUUGCGAUUCCUGUAGUAGAUGGUUCCACUACCGAUGCGUAGGAGUAACGGCAGUCGUGAAGAAAGAGAAGAAAUGGUUCUGCUCGGAUGCGGCUUGUCAAGAGAUGGCGAUAAAAUACCAGACCAAGAAGCCUCCGAAGAAAAGCUCUACUCGUUCCACUACAAAGUCAGACGCGGUUCCUACCCAGGAGGAGAAACUCAAAGCAAUGGAAGAGGAAUUCAAGCGGAAGAUGCAAGAGUUGGAAUUUGAGCGGAUCAUUAAGGAGAAGGAAAUGGAGUUCAAACUGGCGCUGCAAGAGAGGAAGCUGCAGAUGGAUAAGGAGAUACGUGACAAAGAGAUGGCUCAGGAGAAGCUGUUGUUGGAACGAGCCCGGGAGGAUAAAACUCGACACCUGAAAGAGAUGAAGGCAAUGCGGGAGUCCUACCAAGAGGAAAUGGCCGGUAUGGAGGAAAAGUUUGCCCUAAUGCCGAAGCGAGACCCGAAGGUUCCAGCUGAAGAUCCGAAGGAGGGUGUUUCUGAUCCGGAUAGAAAAGCCAGAAUUCUGUCCGGUGAAAAAUUGAAGUUGGAUAAAGCAAGUCCGAAAAAGAAACCGAUUCCGGAGGAAUAUGAAGGAAGCAGCGAUGAAGAUGAAAGCGACGAGAGUGAAAGUGACAAUGAAGAAGAAGCCGACGAUGGGAAAGCAGGUCGUCAGGAGGGUAGCAAAACUGUCCCUCGCGGGCUGGGGCAGCAUCGCACAGGCCCGUCUAAAGCGCAGCUAUCGGCGCGGAGUGGUGUGACGAAAAGGUUACCGGUGUUUACUGGGAGACCGGAGGACUGGCCGCUCUUUCACGGAACGUUCCAAGCAUCGAACGAAGCGUGUGGUUUCACUGACGUGGAAAACCUUGUGAGACUUCAAGAGAGUUUGAGAGGACCAGCUCUCGAAUGCGUGCGAGGACAACUACUUCUUCCGAAAUCCGUCCCAAAGGUGAUCCAAAAACUCCGCCAGUUGUAUGGCAGACCUGAGCUUCUGCUUCAAAGCCAGCUGGAACGCGUUAGGAAAUUGGAUCCUCCGAAGUCUGACAGACUUGCGUCGUUUAUUCCUUUCGGAAAUACCGUAGAACAACUCUGCGAUCAUUUGGAAGCGGCAGACUUGCAACAACAUCUGAUCAACCCGUUACUGAUUCAGGAGUUGGUUAACAAGCUCCCGGCUGGAGACAAACGCGAGUGGGUCCGAUACAAGAGGAAGAAGAAGGAAGUAACAUUGCGAACGUUUACCGACUUCGUGUCCAGAAUUGUCGAUGAAGCUUGCGAGGCAAGUGUCAAGCUGGACCUAAAAUACGAGCCAGCGGGAGUCCACCGUGGAAGCAACGAGGGGAGCAAGAGCAGAUCGAAGGAGAAAGGUGUCCUACUCAACCACAGUACCACUGGUGGUGCUGCAAGGAGCACUAGUGAAAAGGCGAAGCCUAAACCGUGCAGAGCAUGUCAGCGCACCGAUCAUCGUUUGCGGUACUGUGAGGACUUUCGGCGAAUGGCCUACGGUGACCGAAUGGAUCUCGUGACAAAGUGGAAGCUAUGCCUCAUUUGCUUGAACGACCACGGGAAUGCUUCCUGCAAGUUCAAGAUUCGUUGUAAUGUCGAAAACUGCCAGGAGAGACAUAAUCCUCUACUCCACCCGCAAGGAGGUUUCAUCGGUACGAGUGCACACAUUCGAUCAGCGAGCGCAAUCCUCUUCCGGAUGAUUCCGGUACGGCUCCAUUGUGGAGGGAAAACGUUGACGACGCUAGCGUUUCUGGACGAAGGUGCGUCGGUUACGCUGAUUGAGAAGGAGUUAGUGGAUCGUUUAGGUAUCGUGGGUGUUCCAGAACGGCUGACUAUUACGUGGACGGCUGAUAUAACUCGCGAAGAGAAAGGUUCCAGGCGAGCUAGUGUGUGGGCGUCAGCCAUCGACAGUGGGGAAAAAGUGUUGCUGUCCGCUGUCCGCUCGGUCGAAAGUCUGCUUCUCCCUAAACAAUCGUUAGAUUCCUCCAAAAUUUCAAGUGAAUUCUCACACUUGCGCAAUAUUCCGCUCAUGUCGUAUAAAGAUACCAGACCAGUGAUGCUGAUAGGGCUCAACAAUCUAGAUGCGUUCGCUCCGCUCGAGGUACGGAUGGGGAAUCCUGGUGAGCCAGUGGCAGUACGCUGCAAACUUGGGUGGACUGUCUAUGGGCCGAAAAAUGAAAUCGCGUCGAAUCCAAGGGAGCUUAUGGGUUUUCAUGACAUCGUCAGCAACGAAGUUCUCCAUGAUUUGCUGAAGACCCACUACGCUCUGGAGGAGUCGGUUGUGGCUGUCAAGAAGGAGACAAAAGAGGACGGAAGGGCCUUGGGUAUCCUGCAGUGCGCAACGAAACGACUUGGGAACCGCUUUGAAACCGGUCUGUUGUGGAAGAACGACGAAUUCAGCUUUCCAGACAGCUACCCAAUGGCCGUCAAAAGAUUGAAGCAGCUGGAGCAGAAGCUGGAGCAAGAGCUGGAAAGAAACCCGGCUAUCUCCGAAAACGUCCACAAGCAGAUAGUGGAGUACCAGCAAAAGGGAUACGCUCAUCUAGCUACUCCGGGGGAGCUUUCCGGAAUCGAUCCCUGCAAGGCUUGGUACCUGCCACUUAACGUGGCCCUAAAUCCCCGCAAGCCCGGAAAAAUCCGUCUGGUGUGGGAUGCAGUUGCGAAGGUUGAAGGAGUGUCUCUGAAUUCGCAGCUGUUAAAAGGACCGGACAUGCUCACUCCUCUAGUGUCCGUUAUCAUCGGGUUCAGAGAGCGUAAAAUCGCUUUCGGUGCAGACAUCCGCGAAAUGUAUCACCAGCUGCGGAUCAUCGAGGCUGACAAACAAGCACAACGUUUUCUUUUCCGGGCGAAUAAAAAAGAUCCUCCGAGUGUCUACGUUAUGGACGUGGCUACGUUCGGGUCGACUUGCUCCCCGUGCUCGGCCCAAUAUGUGAAAAACCUGAACGCAACGGAACAUGCCGACAAAUAUCCAGAAGCUGCGGCGGCAAUUAUCAAUCAGCAUUACGUUGACGACUAUUUCGACAGUGCUGAGACCGUUGAAGAAGCGAUUCGUCGAGCGAAAGAAGUGCGGUUCGUCCACUCACAGGGAGGGUUUGAGCUCAGAAACUGGGUCUCGAAUUCGCCUGAAGUUCUUCGGUUAAUGGGAGAGGAGAAAGCUGCUCAAGCGAUCCACUUCGGCCGGGACAAGGAAACCGGCAACGAGCGAGUUCUGGGUAUAAUCUGGAGCCCAGACCAGGAUACGUUCUCAUUCUCGACGGAACAUCGAGAUCACCUGCGUGACUAUCUGAGUGGAACUGAAAGGCCAACCAAAAGAAUAGUCCUGAGUUGUGUCAUGGGAUUCUUCGAUCCGCUAGGCCUGCUAGCGCCCUUCACAGUCCACGGAAAAAUUCUGGUGCAGGAUCUGUGGCGCACUGGUUGUGCUUGGGACGAGAAAGUUGAUGAACGAUGUUGGACGAAGUGGAAGAGGUGGAUCGAGUUGCUUCCGGACGUAGAAAACAUACAAAUUCCUCGCUGCUAUUUCGGUGAUUCGCUGUCGUCAGCAGUAGAGUCGCUGGAGUUACACAUAUUUGUCGACGCCAGUGAAUACGCAUACGGCUGCGUCGGCUAUCUGCGUGCGGUCGUUGAGGGCACCGUGCGCUGUUCUUUAAUAAUGUCGCGUUCCAAGGUAGCACCACUAAAGCGGCAGUCAGUUCCACGUUUGGAAUUAAUGGCGGCCGUGCUGGGUGCCCGAAUGCUGCACACGGUCAUCAAUACUCACACCGUGAAAUUCCAGAGGAAAGUUCUGUGGACCGACUCGCAAACUGUGCGCAGUUGGAUCCGCUCCGAUCAACACAAUUUCAAGCAAUUCGUUGCAUUUCGGAUAGGAGAGAUAUUGGAGUUGACCAGACUGGAAGACUGGCGGUGGGUUCCGUCGAAGCUGAACGCAGCAGAUGUUCUGACGAAGUGGGGACAAGGUCCUCCAUUGGACAGCAAUGGUUCCUGGUUCUCCGGUCCCGAUUUUCUGCAUUUGCCUGAGGAAACGUGGCCGGUUCAAAAGAAUCCAGUCGAAGAAACGAAAGAGGAGGCACGGACUUUCGUAUUGCAUCACGACGUGGCACCAAUGGAAGGCGUUAUCAACAGCAAAAGGUUCUCGCGGUGGACGACGAUGCUUCGAAGCACGGCAACAGUAUUGCGUUUCGUGGACAAUUGUAGGAGGAAGGUGGACGGCCGGCCGUUGUUAACGUUCAAGGCCACGUCGAAGCAGGAGAAAGUGAUCAGGGCGAAAAUGUCAGCAAUGCAUCGACCGCUGUUACAAGAAGAGCUGGCGAGAGCAGAAAUUGUGCUGUGGAAGCUGGCACAGAGCGAGAGUUUUCCUGAUGAAACGACGGUGCUGGUGAAAAACAGAAACAGAAGAGCUGACCAGGUUCAGAACAGGAUUGAGAAAAAUAGCAUUCUGUAUAAGCUGACACCAAUGUUGGAUGAAAAUGGCGUCGUUAGGCUAGGUGGUAGGAUGGAAGCGUCGGAGAAACUUCCGUUCGACAAGAAGUACCCUAUCAUUCUUAGCCGAAAUCACGACAUCACUCAAAAACUGAUCCAACAUUACCACGAGAAGUAUGCCCACGGAAACCGUGAGACAGUUUUUAACGAAAUGCGGCAGAAGUUUCACAUUCCAAAUCUCCGCGCCGCGAUUGGCCAGGUGGUGCGAGGAUGUAUGAGGUGUAUGGUGUCGCGCAGUCGUCCACAAGUUCCGUUGAUGGCUCCGCUACCAGUUCAACGAAUUUCUCCACAACUACGUCCGUUCAAUGCCGUAGGAGUAGACUACCUGGGACCGAUCGAGGUUACGGUUGGUCACAGGAGAAUUGAGAAACGGUGGAUAGCAUUAUUCACGUGCUUGACUAUACGAGCUGUGCAUUUGGAGGUGGUACACUCGCUGUCGUCGCAAUCCUGCUUGAUGACAAUCAGGCGAUUCAUGAACAAGUUCGGUUGUCCAGACGAGUUCUACUCCGAUAACGGAACCAAUUUCAAAGGAGCGAGUAAGGUGCUGUUGGAAGAGCUGAAGCAGUUGGAGAUUGAGUGUGCUGAAGGAGUAACCAGUGCCACUACAAAGUGGCAUUUCAAUCCGCCCGGAGCACCGCACAUGGGCGGCAUCUGGGAACGUAUGGUUCGAUCCGUCAAGGAGACGAUGGCGGCUCUGUGUGAUGGGAGGAAACUUUCCGAUGAGAUCCUGCUGACAACGUUGAGCGAAGUGGAGGAUAUCAUCAACAUGCGGCCGUUGACCUACAUGCCGCAGGGGUCGGCGGAGCCGGAAGCCCUAACGCCCAAUCAUUUCUUGCGUGGAACGGUUCGAAGCGCAGACGUCCGGCUAGCUGGUCGGGUGAACGAAGCGGAAGCACUUAGGGAUGCGUACAAGCGGUCCCUACACUUAGCAGAUAACAUGUGGGAGCGGUGGUCGAAGGAAUACCUGUCCACGAUAAAUCAACGCUCGAGGUGGUUUGAAGAUCAAAAGGAUCUGAAAGUUGGUGAUUUGGUGUUCAUCACGGAUGGGAAGAACCGAAAGAAUUGGACACGAGGAAAAGUAGAGGAAGUGUUUGCAGGGAAAGAUGGAAGAAUCCGACAGGCGAACGUACGGACGGCUGGUGGCGUGUAUAGAAGAGCCACAGCGAACUUGGCGGUGUUGGAAUGCUAAGGACGGUAAAUCCGGCAAACCGGUGGUCCGGUGGCGGAGUUACGGGCUGGGGAAUUGUCAACACGGCUGAACUGAAGAAAAAGAUAAGUGAUUUUCAGUAGCGGGAAUAACAACAAACCGUCAGUGGUUGACUGAAAAGGGUUUGUUUAUUGAAGAAAAUAAUUUGUGAAUAGCUGCAGCAAUCAAAAGUGUAUUUUGCAUAAAAAUCGAAAAUUUAUAGUCGAAGUAUUUAUUAAAAUAAUCGUGUAUAUGAUCAAUAUUUGAAUCACGCGGUUGACAUAGAUCCUUCGUCCAUUGGUGGAAAACAGAGGUGGAAAAUCGAAGGAAAUAAAGCUUAAUUUGGUGGAAAGAAGGACAGAAAAGCAUCGGAAAAGUACAGGAUAGAAGCAAAGGAGGAAAAGUAUAGUUCGAAAGGCGAAGGAUAGAGGCCAAAAGACGACAGAAAGUUGUGAGCACGAGGUUGAAG